GAACUACUGAAUUCAUAUUUACAAUACCAUAUGCAUCGUCUCGUUAAAAACCUGAUUUUUGAUUCAGCAUUUAACUUCCCAUCAAUUAUUUUGUAUUUGUAUUAAAAAACUCAUAUCCUAGAAUUUUAAAAUGUUUUCUUUUCUAGCCUACUCAUAUGGGUUUAAACUGCGACUACCAACGUGAUCCAUGUGUGGAACUAGCUUCUAAUGUUCAUAUGGGAGGAAAUAUGGCAUGUAACGUUGCAAAUGGUGGUAUAUGCAGAGGAACUUUAGGGACAAACACAUAUCACUGCCAGUGUCCAGGAUCAUUUACCAGUGAUCCAUCUUAUCCUUUCCCAAAUUGUUUACAAAUUAAAGAUCGAUGUGCCAGUACAAUAUGCAUUCAUGGUGACUGUGUUAGUUCAAAAGAUGGACAAGAAAGUUAUUGUAUUUGUCCUGAAGGAACAUAUGGAACAUAUUGUGAAUUAACACGUGGACAAUGGGGUCAAUGGUCACCAUGGUCUGAAUGUUCACCAAAUUGUGGACUUUAUAAUCACCGAAGGCGUAUACGUACACGUGACUGUUUAGGUGAGGCAUGUAGCGGUGGUUUAGGUUAUUUACAUAUGGAAUUCUGCGAUCCAAAACCUUGUUCAGAUGAGAAACUGAUGUUAAAUAGAAUGAAUUCGUCAGAAGAAAUCCAAAAAUUGAAAAUGUUACAAGUACAAGGAACACGUUAUGUAGAAAUAUCAGGUGAGAUUGCUAAAUACCUAUUAUUAAUAACUUGUAUCUUUUCUGUAACUACAGUGACAGCUAUGAUAAUAGUUGUAUACUGUUUAUAAAAUUCUAAUAAUGACACAGCUUACUUAACAUACAUAAUUCAUGUUGAAUAUAAACUAUUAUUGUGUUUA